GAUUUAUAGUUUCACCUCAAAGCUAUGCUAGCAAAAACAAAAAGAAAAAUUAUUGAUUGCAGUGACAGUUACAUAUUUGAGGGAGUGGUAGAAGAGUCAUUGUGACAGUUGCUAUUAAUCUAUCUAUCUAUUACAUUUCCAAUUCAUUGAAAACUAGCUUAGUUCCACUUGAGCUUUCUCUCCACAAAGAAAACCUUAGUAUCACCAACUUCAGUUUCCAUCUUCAAGUUCAACUAUCACACUUCACAUCCAAUCCAAAAGCACUUACAAAACUAAAUCACUUCUUCAAUAAUUCUACUUAAUCUUUAGCAUAAUUCAAUCUCUCAAACCCAAGUUUAAGAGGUACAUAGUGACUAUGGAAUCUGAAAAUGAAGUAGUUAUGGAAGACGAGAAACAUGUUAUUGGGGAAACAACCAAGGUAGAACACAUACAUAAAGAAGUUGAAGACAAUGGUAAUGCAGAAAUUGAACCCAAGAAUGAAGUAUCUCAACCCAAAGUAGAAAUUGAUGGCAACAAUUCUGCAGCUACUAAAAACUCCAAAAGUUCCAAGGAACCUGGUGUCAAAAGUGGUGUUGCUCCAAAGAACACUAAAUCUACCACCAAAGUUAAACCAAAUUUGAAGGGCACAACUUCAGCUCAAACACCGAGACAACAGAACCUUUCAAAGAGCCUUACAUUCCCAUCGAAAUCAGCUCGUCUUGAUGCUAUGAAGAAAAGCACCGAUGGGAUUCUUAAGAAGACAGAAAAUAAGCACAUUCAAGCUGUGACUUCAACUCUUAAUUCAAGAAAGUUGACAAACUCAAAGGAGGCAAAAACAAACAAUGGAAACUCUAAACAAAGGACUUCUUUGACAUCUAUAAAUAGCUUUAAAAGCUCUGAGUUUGGGAGGUCUACCCCAUUGAUUGCAGUUGCCAAAAGCCAGACAUCCGAGGCAUCAAUACCUGUUGAUCAGAAUUCAAACCCUGCAAAAAGUGAAAAGCCAAACAGAGAAGAUGACGAUGUUAAUUCGACAACUUCAAGUCUUACUCCUGGUAAGAAGAGCAACGGCUCUGGAUUUUCCUUCAGAUUGGAAGAACGAGCUGAAAAGCGAAGAGAGUUCUUCUCAAAGUUAGAAGAGAAAAUUCAGGAAAAGGAAGCUGAGAUAAGUAAUCUGCAAGAGAAAUCAAAGGAAAGCCAAGAGGCAGAGAUCAAGAAAUUAAGAAAGAGAAUGACAUUCAAAGCAGCUCCAAUGCCAAGUUUCUAUAAGGAACCUCCUCCAAAAGUUGAGCUGAAAAAGAUACCUACGACACGCCCAAAAUCACCAAAGCUUGGAAGAAACAAAGGAUCUAUUGCUAACAACAAUUCAGAAGAUAAAUCCAGUUCUAUCCCACAUGAGAAACAACAGAAGAAUGAUUCAACCAAGGCAAAGGUAAAAGGCUAUAAAGAUGUGAGUUCAAAGAAACCAAUCAAAAAAACUCAAGCCAAGGUACAAUCUCAGGAAAUAACGGUCACAAAAACAGAAAUGGAUUCUGUCGUGUCUUCCACAAACAAGGUCUCAGUAAUCGACCAAGAUGCAAAAACAAGUAUAGUAGAAGGCAGUGAAGAAUGUAAAGAUCCAAUUGUUAAUAUUUCUGAAUACCAGAAUGGGAUGGAACAAGAAUCACAGAACAGUGUGUUGGUCCUAAAUGCUUCCACACCAGAAAUCGUACCCUAUGAAGUUGCAGUGGGAGUGUAGAUUGGUGUAUCAAGGUGAAGAGUAUUUAUGUAAACUCGCGCUUUUUACCAGUUAUUUCAUUAUUUGUGAAUAUAAAGGUCUUCAUAUUCAUCAUAAUUAAAACUGUUAAAUGUUUGUAAUGAAUGGUAAGAAAGCCUUGUUAAUUUGUGAGUUAUCAAGUUGUUGAUAUGUUUUUCCAUCUGAUUGAAGGAACACUGUUACUAUAGCUCAUUGUAGCUUCUUAUUAAGAAACAUGGAAUGGAGUAGAGUCUUCUUCAAAUUUACUUGUAAAGA